AUGCAGACCCCGUCCCAAACAUUUCCUCUAGACUUGAAACCCAGCGAAGAAGACGACAUUUCAAAAAGGGAAGAAGGUCUAGAUCACGGCCAAUCUGUGCAGAAAAUUGUUCAAUUUGAUCUAAAGGAAGAAGGGAACCAUAUUCUGGCUGUCAGUGUCAGUUAUACCGAAACCCUCAUGGCUAACGAUGCUGCUCAUGCUGCAAGCGGGAGGGUCAGAACUUUUCGCAAGCUCUACCAAUUCAUAGCCCAGCCUUGUCUGAGUGUACGUACCAAGGCGUCUGAGCUGCCACCUACCGAGGUGGAGAACAAGUCAUUGGGCCCUUAUGGAAAGACUCGUCUCUUGCGCUUUGCGUUAGAAGCACAGCUUGAGAACGUUGGAGAUGGGACGGUCGUUAUCGAGAAGACGAUCUUAAACCCAAAACCACCUUUCAAGGUCCAAAGUCUUAAUUGGGAUCUAGAGCUAUCCGAUCAAAAUGUAGCGGAACGGCCCACGAUGAACCCUCGGGAUAUUCUGCAAGUGGCCUUUUUAGUGGAGCAGGAGGUCGGUCAGCAGGAUGGCUUGGAGAAUCUCCAGAAAGAUCUGAAGCGUGAUGGGCGGGCAACGCUCGGACAGCUUUCUAUAGAGUGGCGGAGCACAAUGGGGGACAGGGGGUUUCUCACUACAGGGAAUCUGCUGACCAAGAAACGAUAG